AUGGAGUCAUUAUUCUCACUCAAUCCAGGACCUUAUCAAUCAAUAGAUGCUCAUGCUUCAACAUUGUUGGACUUUAACGAAGAUCUGAAGGAAGGAGUUAAUGUGUCGAUUUCUCAACCAUUUGUCUCAAAGACUACAGGAUUCGAGUUGGAGUUGGCACCGUCGCCACUAUACAUGCGCGCUUCGGGUAUUGUUAGAAUGAGUGGUGGCAACUUGACAGUGCGAGUUGAUAAUAAGGAGGAUGUCGUGGCAGAGUUUAGAAACAGACUGGGCAGAGACCUGAUGGCAACGAUGGUGGCCAGUGCCAAGCUGCAGUCGCUCAAGACACCAGACAUCACCGGCAAUCUGCUGUACAAGGGCAACACCUUUGUGUCAGAGAUGCGCGCCAGCAACAAGAGCGAGGGAUUGGUUGGCGUAUCACAUCUGCACGCGAUCAACAAGAGCUUCGCCGUCGGCUUUGACACCUUCUUCAAGCCCACCUCCAAUCUGACGGGCGGCUCUGCCGCGCUGCGCUACCAAGGCACAUUUGGCCGCGCUCCCUUCCAGACAAAGCUAUCGGUCGACCAUCAACAAAUGAUCUCGCUGUCGGGCUUCACCGCAUUGAACAACGCCAGCUUCGCCGCGCGUGUCUGUCUCGACACCCAGAAGCAGGAGCACUGCGCCGUCUUUGGCUCAAGCCUCUGGUUCUCGCUCAAGGUCGGCGGUCACAUUGUGCCCAUCACCAUCACCGGCCGUACCAGCACCACCCUUGAGCAUGCCGUUCUCGUCCACAUCCCAACUCCCCAAGUAGCCAUCUUGAUCAACACCUCCAUCAAGCAGAACAAGCCAACAUUUGGACUCUCCCUGGUCCUCUAA